AGGAGGAGGGGUCGACGAACGAGAGAGUCGGGAGGGAGGUACAGAAGGAAAAGGAGUGGCCUUCUGCUGAUAGUCGCCCUCUCUACCGGAGUAAAGUCUUCUCUCAGUGGCAGCUUACAGGAGGGAAAACAAACCAGAAGUUUUGAGAUACAGAGCAGGGAAGGAGAAAAAAAGAAAAGACAGAGCUGUCCUCAAACCGAAUUUUCUCCCAGGCUGUACGUGGGUUUUAUACAGUCAUGGCAUCAGCAGCUCCACCAAAAAGGAUGGUGUCUUCUGUCUUCAUCACUCUUGCGUCUCCUCACCAAGCCACUGUGACACAGCAGCAGCCUGUCCUCCAAGCUCACAGUGCUCCGGCCAGAGACAAGCAGCACACUGCUGUACGAGUCAGCCCAAGUGACAACAUCCCCGCCUUCAGACAUAAGAAAGAGGACCACUCACAGUCUGAGUCCUAUGGCAGUGUAGACAGCAAAGACUGGACUCGUACGGCCCGAACUUCAGACCCUCAGAGCCCAAAACCUGCCCAACCUGGACCCAGCAGAGGAACACUGCAAGAAGAUUACAUAGGUGCUGCAGAGUUCUUGCCUCCUCCUCCUCCUCCUCCUGCUGCCGCACUGCCUUCAGCUGUGGGAACAUCGCUCUCUGAAGAAUCAGCACUUCCACCACCUCCUCCAGCCCAGUCGCCUCUCUUCCACCCUAUGACCCCCGGCCGGCAGCCAGUUUACAACAGACAGGUGGAAACAAGCACACCAUCUAGUGGGUUAAAACAGGAUGAACAGUCCCAUGGGAUCCAUAAAAAUGGCCAAGACACAAGCAGGGAGAGUAAAGAGGUGUGUGGCUUCUGUCGGAAACCCGUGGCUCUUUCUGAACCUGCCAUAGAGGCCUUAAACAGGACAUACCAUGAUGGUUGCUUCCAGUGUAGAUCUUGUCACAUUCCCCUGGCUGGUAAACAGUACUACAACAAGGCAGGAAUCCCACUCUGCGAAGACUGCUACCAGGCCAGUCUGGAACUUUGCUGGGCAUGUGGGGAGGUUAUCACAGAUCAUGUUAUCCGUGCACUGGAGCGAGCGUACCACCUUUCUUGUUUCAACUGUGAAACAUGUAAACAGCAAAUUGGAGAGCAAGCUUUUGCUCAGGGAGAAGUUGGAGAAGUGUAUUGCCUCCAGGACUAUUACAGGAAGUAUGCUCCAAAGUGUAAUGCCUGCAACCAGCUAAUCAUUCCAAAAGAAGAUGGUACUGACAGCUAUAAUGUUAAAUGCUUGGGACGCUCCUACCAUGAGAACUGCUACAGGUGUGAGGUCUGUGUCAUCCAGCUCUCUCCUGAACCAAAUGAGCGUGGCUGCUAUCCUUUGGAAGGGAAGAUGCUUUGCAAAUCUUGCCAUCUGAACCUGGUUUCAGGCCAGCACUAACACUGGCCUUACAGCCCGGGAUAAACUGCAACAUUUUUUUUUUCUUUUUUACAAUACAUCAUGCUUUCUGAAGAUUCUCUUUUUCUUCUUUUAUACUUGAUAAUUUUGCACUCGAACUACAAAAUGCACCAAAUAUAUUUAUGCAAUAGCCUUUAUAAAAACAUACUGCAAGCAUUAUUUGAUCUUUUGUAAACCUCAAUCAGUAUACUGUUUCUCACA